CACCUCCAGCAGGACUGACACUUUGGGUGGGAGAAAACCUGCUGGUCUUUAGGUGAGAGCGCAAGUGACAGGACACAUAAACUUAUUCUCGUAAAGUCAACGACACACUCGGAUAGAUAUCAGCUUGUCACCGGGUGAUUGAUUCACUCAGCGCCCACACGUUCAGUGGAGUACACAGCACCUUUUUCCUCAGUUUCGCUGGAAACUACUAAUAUGGCGCAGUCUUUCGUUUUCUACAUAAUCACGAUCACACUGAUGCUGUCCUAUGGGAAGGCAUGCUUUCCCCCCAACUCUAUACACAUAGUAGUGCCACAGACAAUCCCGGCUGGGCAUGUCAUCUCCACAGGUAAUGUUGACUGUGGCCCCAAAUUCGUCCUCACAACAAGUGAUCCGAGCUUCACUGUAGGAAGCAACAGGACAAUCAUAGCGUUGUCUAAAAUCACUCUGACAAGCACAGGGCGGACAUUUUCUCUCUGGGCUGAGGACUCCAGUGGACAGAAAACCGAGAUGGUAGUUCGUCUUGUCGCGCAGACGGUACCAAACAAUGGCUUCCUGAGGCGCUCCAAAAGACGCUGGGGCAUCCCACCAUUUGACAUACCAGAGAACACUGUCAAAAGAAAUCUUGGCCCGGUAAGAUCAGAUACAGUAGACGAAAACUCGAUGUACUACACCGUCAGUGGACCUGGGGUUACAGAGCCCCCGGUGGGUGUGUUCAGUAUCGAGAGGUACUCUGGGGAAUUGCUGAUGUUAAAGCCAGUGGACCGCGAAGAGUACCCAAUAAUAAAAUUUAUUGCCAGAGUUUAUGACAGAAACACAAACAAAGAGACAGACCGGCCUUUGAACAUCAUUGUGAACAUUACCGAUUUGAAUGACAACGAGCCAACCUUCACAGGCCCGCUCCAGUUCUCAGUGCUGGAGCAAACAAAAGCAGUGGUGGGGAAAGUGAGUGCCACAGACAGAGACCAGGAAGGCACACCCCACACCAAGAUCAAGUAUUCCCUCUUGACUGGAACGGACCUGUUUGCCAUCGAGCCAGAGACAGGUGUCAUCAGCACAGUAACAGAAACCCUGGACAGAGAGGUGAAGGACACGCACUUAGUCACAGUACAGAUCGCCGACAUGUCCGGUGGAGAGGGCGCUCUGUCCAACACAGCCACAGCAACAAUUACCCUGCGUGACAUCAAUGACAACCCUCCAACUUUCACAAAGACCAAUUAUGAUGUCAACGUGGAGGAGAACCAGAGUGAUCAACUAAUCCUCCGAAUCCCAGUUGAGGAUAAGGAUUUAGAGAACACGCCAAACUGGAAUUCCCAAUUUCUGAUCACGAAAGGAAAUGAAAACGGCUAUUUCAGGAUGGAGAGAGACCCCAAAACAAACGAGGGGCUUCUGUACACCUCAAAGCCUUUAGACUACGAGAAGAUGAAAAACAUCAAGCUGGAGGUCACGGCACGUAACCAGGCUGAGCUGGAGGGUGCCAAGGCCUCGUGGGUAUCCAUCCCUGUCGAUGUGACUGUCACCAAUGUCGAUGAGGGUCCAGAGUUCACAGCUCCCACCAUACGCUUUGUCGUCAGAGAGGACACGGAAAAGGACAAAGUGAUCGGAAGUUAUACAGCCGCCGAUCCUGAGACCAAGAGCAGCGCAGGCAUUAAGUACUACAAGGUCACAGACCCAACCUCCUGGAUCGAUGUAGAUAUGAAUUCAGGAGAGCUGAAGGUUGUAGACACAAUUGACAGAGAGUCCCAGUUACUCCAAGAUGGAAUUUACAACAUCACCAUGAAGGCUGUGGAUGCUAGCCUCAAAACAGGCACGGGGACAGUUAUCAUUCAGGUGGAAGAUGUCAACGACCACGUCCCAGAGGUCCCGGACAAGGAGCUGGUGCUGUGUGACAAAGACGAAGAGUUGGGCUCUGUGCUGGUUGUGGCUGAAGACAAAGACCAGCCUCCCUUCUCUGCCCCCUUCAGAUUUGCAAUGGGAGCGGACCACGAUGGCAACUGGGCUAUCGAGGCGUUAAAUGAUACGGCAGCUACACUGAAGCAGACCAAGGAGCUUCCUACAGGGAUAUACACUGUCCCCGUCGAGGUUAAUGAUCUGCAGGGUUCUGGUAAAACACAGAUGGUGACCGUGAGGAUCUGCCAGUGCAGGAAUGGGGCCUGCCCGGACGUGAAAAGCUCUGUGUCAUUAGGGGCACUGGCUUUGCUGGCUAUGUUGCUGCCUCUGGCCCUCCUCUUACUGCUCUGUUUAUUGCUUUGCUUUUUCUGUGUGACAAAGAAUAACAAAUGGGAGGAACUGGGUGAAAGCAGUGGAGUCUUGCUCAAAUCAAACAUUGAGGCCCCAGGGGAUCAAGUGGAUUCAAAUCUAAUCAUUGUUCCCAAUACUGGGAUUGAGCAGCCAGGGAAUUCCUCAGUUAAGGGUUCUGCCUUGAAUGCAGACUGGCAGGGGAACAAGAGCUCAAGCACGAUUGGAGGCUUCGCCAUGCAGGAGAGUGGCGUUUUCAAGUCCAGUGGUGUGAUGGUGACCGGAGAGCAGAAUGAAUUCUCUUCUGGCCAGUACGGUAACCAGUUUGGUACCGGACAGUUUGGUACCGGACAGUUUGGUACCGGACAGUUUGGCACUGGACAGUUUGGAGGCAGCAGUUUUGCGGUUGACAAGAGACACCUCUUCUAUGACUCUGCACUUCAUCACACCUGGCAGACAAAUGGACGCUAUCUACAGCAGAAGCUGUCCUAUCUGGGGACGGAGGAGGGGGGACGCUAUGCGGAUGAUAUCCUCCAUUCAUAUGGCUUUGAGGGGGAGGGCUCUGCGGCUGGCUCCGUGGGAUGCUGCAGUGACCAAGGCAACCAGGACAAUCUUGACUUCCUAAACACACUAGAUCCAAAGUUCAAAACUCUAGCAGAUAUCUGCUCAAAGAGAUGAACAAUGAAACUGGAAAAAAAAAGUGUUUGUUUUAAUUGGGCAGGAUGUACAGAGCUGUGGGCUUGGCUUGUUUUUGUUUAGUAGGACACUGAACAGGAAGGAGAAGAUGAAAAAAAAUAGUUUUGUCUGCACACUGUGCCGCUCAUGUUUUUGUGGCAAAAAGCCUUUUGCACUGAAAACUGUGGUUAGAUGUACAUAUAUUGUGUACUGCCUAUUUUUGGCUCUACGAUUCUUUGUUUGUGGGCUAUACUGGUAGUUAGUUCACACAUUGAAUUUAAAAUUCCUCCCCAACAUUUUAAUGUCAAAUCAGGUCCCUUUGUCCAGUAAGGAUCUGAAAUGUUGAUCAGAUUUGACAUUAAAAUAAAUUCAAUUCAAUGUACAAUACGUUUUUUGACUGCUAUUGCCUGAUCAGCCCAGUAUGUAUUUUUCUAUUUCUUCAGUUUUUUAGUUAUUUGUAUUGUUUAUUACAGACUAGGAAACAUUUGAGGUAUUUUGGGUAUUACUGUUAAUCUGCAGCCAGUUGAUUGUACCAUUUAGCGUUGGGGUGUCAGUUUUUUUUCAAUAAGCUGGAACAUGCAUACUUGCCUUAAUAUUUUAGAGAAAAAGACAGAAAUGUCAUGACAUGUGCUUAGUCUCACAUUACAGGCCUGCGGUGAUCCAUAAACAUGUUGCAGGGCGUAGCCCGAGCCCUCAGGGUCCUUGAAGUUAUUGAGACAGUUCGACAGUAUUCCUGUGAAAGUCAGGAAAAGGGUGUGAUCGGGUGGAGCGAAGUGUCAUUCACAUUUCCAUCAACUGUCUGAAUAUAUGACUUAGCUGAAAGAAAGAACCUCCUUGGUGUUCAUCCAGAAUGUCAGUGAACCUGUUCUCAAGAAUUUAGUGUACAAAGUUGAACAAACCUGAGCUCCAUAUUUCUUUGUUAGGUCUAUAUUCUAUCAUGUCUAGUUAUAUGGUCAAAAACGAACAAUUUUUUUGAUUGUGGUAUCGGACAAUGGUAAAGGUAGCUGUAAUGCAACUCUUCAACUCUAUUACAAAGUAACAAGGGUGGGGAAAUUACAUCCGUUUCUUUCUCCAGAAACACAAGUGCUGCAACAUUUUUUGGACUCAAAAUAAUUGCUAUUGCACAAAUUAUAAGCAUUUUAAAUCUAGUUCAGCAAUGCACUUAAGGUCUUUUCAUGCCAUGUGGAUUUUAGGCAAUGUACAAAUAUGUAUUGUGUUAUGACUUUUUUUAUU